AUGGGAGGGUGGUCUCACCCAGAGAUUUCACUGGAAGACUUGUUGAAAUUGAUCAAAGGGUUUGUUGAUAUCUUGAUUUUAGCUUCUGGGUAUCAAUCAUCUGGUCGCUUUGCUCAUUGGGAUCCGCUAAACAUUAAAAAAGCUUUCCAAUGGGGUCUUUUCUUCGAGAAUGUGUUUGAGAGUAUAGAUGGCAAUCAAGACUCCAUGGCUGAAGUCGAUGCAGCCUUAUCUAAACUGACAUCCGAUCCUCAUUUUCCACAGGGUCUUACACAUAUAUCAUCCACUACACUUGGUAAAGCAAGAUUUUAUAUACUUGAACAUUUUAUUCGCACACUACCAAUGAGGGAUGAACAUCUCAAAUCGGUUCUAAAAGCAACCAUUGAAAUGGAUCUUGAUGAACUUCAAAGGACAGAAACCGAUUACUUGGAUGUAUAUCUUGACAAGUUGAUGCUGCAAAACACAACAAGGAGUCCUCAAGCUUCUGUUGAGGAGGGUAAAAUGGACUUUUCUCCUAGGCCUUCUCCCAAGGCUAAAGCCUACACGAAAACCAAUUUGACAGCGUUUGCUAUUCAAGGAAUCACAAAAAGGCAACUUGCAGUUUCAUGUGUUUCAUCAAUAGAGACAAGUGUGGAUGUUGUUUCUAAGACCAUAGCACAAGGAACCUCAAAUGAGCUUCAAGAACAACAAAAGGCUUAUGUGUGGAGUAAUUGGCGGAUGAAAACCCUUUCAUAUCUACUUGAUAAGCAGACUAUCAGAUUGGUUUCAGGUGCAAGCAUGAUUUUUUCUGCCCCUAAGGUUCAGUGGAUACAGGUUUUUGAACAGUUAGAUACAUCAAGUGAAGAAAUUGAGACAUUUGAGCUGUUACUGGUGGGAUGUAUAUCAAGGAGAUGGAAUCAUGUAAUUAAAAAAUUUAUGUCGAGUUGUAAUGAACCUUUUAGUAUCUACACACUAUACGAAGGAGUACACAACUUGAUCUUGAAAAGAUUUCAAAAUGUCAAAUUAAUGGAGGAAACAAAGGACUCAAAGUUCAAGGAACAUGAGAUUGUUGAGUAUCUUGAUGCAAAAUUAAGCAAUCAAAUUCAUAGAUUGUGGGAAAUCCCUCCUGCACUUGUAGCAUCAUCUCUUCCUCCCUGGUCUCGUUUAUUUGAAGCAUAUGCAAGUGAGUUAUUGAGUCAAUUCAAAGGGAAAACUACAAAGAUUCGAUGCUGCAGUUGUAGUGAUGGUAACAAGGAACACACAGAAUGUGACGUUGCUGAGAGGAUUUGGUGCCUCUACAUUUUUCAUGUAUCAAAAAUCCAGACUUGA